GUUACAUAUGUCGGAGGUUGAGAGUAUUGUCCUUCCAAAGAUCAAGAAAGUUGAAAACAAAGAUGAUAUGACUCCACGAGAGUUGUUUACAAAAAACCACAAGGACUUGAUGAAAGAGGGUGAGAUAUGGAUGAAGGAUACAACAACUUCAUGCACAGUGGUAGCCGCUCUGAUUCUUACUAUCAUGUUCGCUGCAGCCUUUACCGUUCCAGGAGGCAACAAUGACACAGGCUUGCCAAUAUUCUUCAAUAAAAAACUGUUUAGUCUCUUUAUAAUAACUGAUUCUCUAUCACUAUUUUCCUCUGCAUCUUCUGUAUUGAUGUUCUUAGGAAUCCUCACAUCACGUUAUGCAGAAGAAGACUUCUUAAAAUCCUUGCCCACAAAGAUGAUAAUAGGCCUUUCCACUCUUUUCUUCUCCAUUGCAACCAUGAUGAUAUCCUUUUCUGCUUGUCUUUUACUUGUGCUAGGUGAAGAAUCAUGGAUGGUUAUUCCUGUGAUAUCUUUGGCUAGUAUUCCUGUCACCCUCUUUGUGUUGAUGCAAUUCCCCCUUCUUGUAGACAUGUAUAUUUCAACUUAUGGACCCGGAAUCUUCGAUAGGAAAAUGGAACAGUGGUUGUAACUUAUUCAAUACAAUCUAA